CUGAAUCUUUGUCAGUUCUUUUUCUUACACUGCCCAAAAUGGAUAGCAAGGGAAAGAGCAAAGCCUCCCCUUCCAAGAGCAAGAGAAAAGGGGGUCAACCGAUCCCACCGUCAGCCCAAAGCGACCAGUCCUCCUCAACUAACCGGUUUCUCGGCGUCAGGAGGCGGCCGUGGGGCCGGUACGCGGCCGAGAUACGUGACCCGACGACCAAGGAGCGCCACUGGCUGGGGACGUUCGACACGGCCGAGGAGGCCGCGCUGGCCUAUGACCGGGCCGCCCGGUCCAUGCGCGGGUCCCGCGCCCGCACCAACUUCGUCUACUCCGACAUGCCACCGGGCUCCUCCGUCACCUCCAUCAUUUCCCCCGACGAGGAGCACUCCGACUUCACCAUGCUCUUCUCCGGCGGCGUCGGCGGCGCCUCCGCCGCCGGCGACAGCUCCGGCCACCGUCAAAUUAUUUUCGGGCAGAAUUCGGGUUUUCAGCUGCCCGGGGACGCGUGGCCGGGGAGCGGGCAGGUGGAGUACCGGCCGCAGGUGGCGGAGGAUGAGCUACCGCCGCUGCCGCCGGACAUCACGAGCGGCUGCUACGCCGGGGAGCCGCCGGUGCUGUCGGAAAUGGGACAUGGGGUGUUGAAUGACAUGAGGUGUCUGGAGCUGUCGGAGCAGCGGCGGAGCAUGGACGCGGCGGUGGGAUACGAUGUCGCCGGGUAUUUCGGGGUGGAUGAUUCGGCGGAGGCGGCGAGGAGUAGCUUCUCCGGCGGGUUUGGGUGGUUCUGAGUGGUUAGUGAUGGAUUUGUGUCGGUUUGAAAUGUGUGUUUUUCUCAAGUUGUUAUAACUUUUUUUUGGCUUUUGUUUAUCUUUUUAUAUCUAUGGAUUGUUAUGCCAUCAGCUUAUAUAAUAAGUAUAAUGCAUUGAAUGGUUUUUUUUGCGGA